AUGCAGCGUCCUAGAAAUCGCCCAGGAUCAUUGCGUGAGCGCGUAGCUCAAGCUUAUCAUGAUUAUGGAAGGCUGUGUUCGGCACAUCCUGCGGCAUGUUUGUCGAUGUCACUUAUUUCUAUGCUAGUACUGUCCUAUCCAACUUUUACAAGAUUUCGCCUGAUCGUGAGCAGUCCCAUAAACGUCCACUGGGAUGACAAGGUGUAUACCAGCUCAGGAGAACGGUCUCCUGAAUGGUUGCGUGGUUCACCCUCAGCAUUCUUGCAGCAGAUUAUUGUUCGAGGAACUGUGGAACCUUGGGUCUCUCUCAACAUGACUCCUGAACAGGCUGUUCGAGGACCAUUAUCGCGAGCUUUUCUUGCUAGAAAUAUCAUCCUAAACCAAGAAGUUGUUGAUGCUAUGUGCCUUCAAGUUAAUCGUGAUGAUGUCCGUUCGGGUUCCCCGUUUCCUCGCGGCUGCCUCCUACUUGAUCCGACAGCAUUCUGGCAGAACUCUCGGGAUAAGUUUAGGGAGUACGAUCCUGGAAUGAGAAGUUCACUGCUAAGUAGUUUAUCUUCUCGAGAAGAAUUCGAGUCUUCGCCAUUGUCUCUGGAAGAGGAGAGUCAAUUCGUUCACGUAUUCUAUCGGAAUCAGAAAGCUUUCACUGACUACCUCCCUCUACUUUCCUCCUAUGCAGUUUUCACGUUUUAUUUGUACUAUUCUGCUAGAAAAUUCGAAAUGGUCGCGUCACGUUGGAGUCUAGCGUUUGCUGCUGCUUUCGCUGUCGGCGCCACUCUUCUUAUGACCACCGGUUCGUUAAAAUUUGCCUUUCUUGGCUUAGUGGAAAUUUGUGUGCGUCAAUCAUUAGAAGCCUAUAUUACAAAAAUUGACGCUACUUGUGAGCUUCAGAAUUUCCAUGAAACGUAA